CAUCCCUCCCUUUUCAUGGCAAAAAUGACUUUCGUGAUUUCUCUAACAGAUGACCACGCUCCGAUAAGUAUAAAAGAUCGUGUCGUUCCAGUCUAAAAAAAAAAUGGCGCAAAAUCAAAGCCCGAUGUAUAUUAUGGCGCUCUCUUUAUUAUGCAAAAGCAGUUAUUCUGCGCGCCAAGAUGGGGCAAGCAAACGUGUGUCCUUUUCCUAAUAACCAUUUAACCACAAUAAGCUCACUUUACAGUUAAAUAGCUCGUCACACACAUGAGCAACCUUCCGAAUCUUGCAUCUCAUUCAAUCAUUCAUGUGAAUGGGGACAUCACGAAUUACAGUUGCGCUCGUAAAACUAUUGAGCAAAUAAACAUUGAUCUAGCCCUUAGAAGAGCAAACUUUUAUUAUUGCCCUGAUCCUCUGCCAAUAAUACACCACGUGCAGAAUGCUUAUAAUCCUUCAGUUAAAGAUGCAAAUGAUGUGACAACCUCUUCUUGCUUCGAUGCUCUUCAUGAAUUUUAAAUAAGUAUCAAACAAAGGACCGUUUUUAGCACGUAAAAUCGCGUUUUCAAACAGCGGAAAUGCCAUGGAUUACAGAUCGUCACAAACAUCAGACUUAUCAGACCUGCGGACAUGAGCAGAUGAAGAAAUUUUAUUGUCGGCUGGAAACCAUUUUACGGCAAUUUUCAAAGUUGCUUUCAACUGGGUUCCUACUUUAGGCGCGAAAUUUAUUUAUUCGUGACGUCACAGGCAUUACCGGUAGGCGGGAAAUUCAUAAAGAGCCGUGGUUUCAAAUCUCACUCAAUCACAAAACAGUUGAUGCGCUGCUUUAAACAUGGCGGAUGUGCUGACGAUCUCUCUGCAAAAGAGCGGAAUUUACUUCCCACAACCACGACAAAACAUCUUCAACUUCGGCGAAAAGGUUUUCUGCCCACUUCCCACCUCAGGGAAUGCAAACGAGAACACGAGGCCUAUUUUACCGACAAGAAGUUCAGUGAUAGUUUGGUCCCCUUCAGCCCCCACGAGUCCACCGGCCAAACCGCCCUAUCAUAGCCCGCCGAGAAGUCCAGAUUCUUCCAGUUUUGCCUUUACAGAAGAAAGAACAGCUCAUUCACCAACAUCUCCGUCAGGUCUACCACUAAGAGGCCGCCCAAAGGCUGACAUCGUGAACAAGUUGAUCCAAGAAGGCCGCCAAAGUUGCUCGUCGAUUCGUUGUGAUGUUUGUGGCCGAGUUUUCCCGCGCGAAAAAUCUCUUCAAGCUCACAAGCGAACACACAGCGGCGAGCGCCCCUACAUUUGUGAUUUUCCAAACUGUGGAAAGUCCUUCGUUCAGAGCGGCCAGCUAAAGACCCAUCAGCGCCUACACACGGGAGAAAAGCCGUUUCUUUGCAGCGCGGAUGGGUGUAGUACGCGCUUCACUCAUGCAAACAGACAUUGCCCUUUACAUCCGAACGCGUCGUUAAAGAGAGUCAACGCAGAACUUCCUUUAAAAGAAAUGCUCAACAACGAGAACUCAGAACCGAAUGAAUACAGAGCAGCUGUCUUGGCAUGGCUUGAUAAGUAUGAGCGAGAAAGAGACGAAAGAACGCCAUCUAAACACGAGGAGAAAGACCCCAAGCGUAAACUUGAGCGAGAUGACGCGAAAACUCAACUAGCAGAACGCAAGAAAGCACGAGUCGAAGCGAGAAGGCGAAUGUCCGAAGCAAAAGAACGCUGGUACGGAGCUAUGGCUCUUGUGGAACUUGCAGACUUAGAAUGAACUUUAUUUAGAUGUUAUUUAAACUUAGUUAUUCGAAGAUUUCUCUUUAACUCGAGUGUAAUCCGAAACCAUUUCGAAGCGUUACAUUUCAUUUAAAGCCCGCCAAAAUUUAGUGAAAUCACUUUUGAACCGAAUGCUAAGUAAUUCCAAGCAAUUUACACUUAGCCUUAAAUCAAAGAAGAAGGGGUUGUAUUUAUUUCUCUAGACAUUUAAGGUUUUGGUAAAAUUUCAAAUCUUUCAUGCGUGUAUAGCGUUUUAUGCUAAUUUGUGAUUGUUAGUAGUCGUUAGAUUGUUCACCCAUUCGUGUCAGAACUCUCACAUGUAAAUACUUUUGUAGAUAUAAAAAAUUUUGAGCCUGUAAAUAGCAUAGAGUAACUUUUGGUAACUUAAAAAAGAGCCUUUAGUUAAAGAAUUUGUAAUGAAGAGACACAGUAGGUGUGUGAAAUACAUGGGUUGCUUUAACUACACAAUAAAGCCCUUUUACAACUAAA